CUCCUCCAAGUCCAGAAGGACACACCCGUGCUUUGACUUGGCAGCCCGUGAUUGGGUGUUUACCAAGGGAUACGCUGAACCCACAGGUUUCGUACUUGAAUGAAUCACACAACUCCACCCUCCUCCUGCUUUUCCACACGGGACUCAGCAACUGAUUCGAAAUUUGACACUCAACAUUGCUCAUUGCUCAGUGGUCACCGUAGGGGACCAGAGAAGCGCAAUCUUCUGACGGCAUCGUCUCACCAGCGGCAACACUGAGGGAGGUUCAAUUAUUCUUUAAAGAAUAGGCUACAAGAUCGAGCAUGAAGUUGCAACAUAAAAAUGACAGUCCUAGAGGUUCAGUUAAACCGUCAUUUGAUUACCAGCACUUUUUGCUUAACUUCAUCAUGGGAACUUAUUUAGGUCCUGAUAUCAAGUCUGAUAACCCUUAAUACUCGCUAUUUCAAAGACUAGCUGAAGGUUCAUCCUCAUAUGUAUUGAGUGACUUGGGCCCAUCGUACGUUAGUAUGUCUCUUUUGGAGAAUUUAUACUACUAUGUCCUGAGAAAUGCUCAUCCUAGACUGCGAUUGGGACGAAAUAUUUUGCAUAAGUAUCUGAAGGGCAGUCUUAGUUUGCCAAGUAAUGGUUGGCAAUUCACAAGUUUUUUUGCUCCGAAUCUUCAUGAACAGAUAUGGUAUCAUACAAGUUUCAGGAUCAUUAAAGGAAUUGUUUUUAUUGGUGAUCCCGUUACAUCACAUAUUCAAGAGGAUGAUUUAGAAAAGUUCAAAUCUUUAUCUGGUAUGGAUAGUUUCAAAAUAAAUUUAGACGAGCUCUUGUGUCUUGAACAUGAAUACCAGGAUAGCAAAGACAGUGAGCAGGAUUGCAUGAAUAAUGGAGGAAAUGGUAAUUCAUCUGUGAGGUUUAUCAAAAAAUUUAAGAGAAGGCGCCAAUGACCCCUUGCCAAUGCAUUUCCUCAUGUUGUUGCUAUGUCAAAACAUUAUAGUGAAGAAGGAGAGUUCCCAAGGACGUACAAGUCGGAUGGGCCUGCCAUUAUGCCUCUUUUGUCUGUUCCAAGUGUGGAAGAAUGUAUCUCAGGUGCAUCUACAGUUCUGUCUGGGACUGCCAGAAAAGCGGUUGUUGGACCUCCAGUCGGUGUUGUGGAUGUUGGAGUUAGUAAAGUUGCAUAUUAUUUUCGAGUUUCUCUGCCAGGUGUCAUGAAGGCCUAUCUUCGAGUUGUUGGUGACGGAACUUCUAUACGUCUAUAUAAAGAUCCUUGGUUGCCUCGUUCGGGAAGCUCACAUGUCUUAUCACCAAGGUGUCUGGAUUCUAAUUCCAGUGUAGCAUGCUUAAUAUGGACCUUAUUAAUUGGUAUUGGGAAGCAAGAAAACUUGGUAUUGGCAGUAAGCUUAGUGGUCCGAGCAAUGGACAUGUUUUGUGUUGGUGACGCGAUAUUUGGAGACUUCAAGAAUGUCUUAUUGCAUGGAAAUUGCGUUCAAUCAAAUUCUUCCAUUUUGGAUACAGUAGCUCGUUUAAACUCUGAAUAUAAAGAAGCACUGGGCAGUUCUGCAGUUAGUAGAUGUGUAAGAGAAAAUCUUUGCUGGUCACCUCCACACGGGGAUAUUUUGAAAAUAAAUGUAGAUGCUUCAGUCAAAGCCUGUAAUCAGAAGUUGGGGAUAGAAGUUGUUGUUAGAAAUGCUGCUGGUGAACUGAUGGGGGCUUUGGCUAAACCCUUCACAGUGAAUGAGAGGAGUAUUGGGCACCAAUUGGAUCCUUUCUGUUUCUUGGUUGAAAAUAUACAAGCACUGCUGUCCAAUAAUAAUUCUCUGAUGGAUGGUAGCGUGGAUGAUGAACAGAGUUCUGCUGAUCAACCACAAUUGAAGCCCUCCAUUGUUUUAACUGGAACAGCAAAGGAAGGGAGUGCUGGGCCUCCUGUUGGUCUUGUUGACAUUGGUGAGAGUGAAAAUGCCUAUCUUUUCCGAUUGGCACUUCCUGGUGUCCGCAAAGAUCAAAGUAAGAUGAAAUGUCAGAUCCAACGCGAUGGGAGAGUUCAUAUUGAAGGAGUGAUGACAGGAGUUGGGCUGUUGAGGGACUCAUCGACUGUUUAUCAGAUGAAAGUGCAGCAACUAUGCCCACCCGGUCCAUUUUCCAUUUGUUUCAAUCUCCCUGGUCCUGUAGACCCCCGUUUGUUUUCUCCUAAUUUUCGGCCCGAUGGCAUCUUGGAAGUGGUGGUUAUGAAAUACAAGACACACUCAGCACAACAAUAUCAGUCGCACCAGUGAACUUUGCAUAAGAUGUUUGUUUGUUUUUUUUGACCUUUAUUCAUUUAGCUUUCCUUUUUCCAGGGCAAUGCAUUCUUCUUAUUCUUUUUCUGUUUCCUGCAGGUAGGGGAGAAGAGAUAGAUGGUUGGCCACAGAUACUCCUAACUGACUUGCAAAAUGACUAUUUUUAUAUUGUGUGUUCUGGGAAAGAUUGGACAUAAAUGUACCAAACAUCAAAUGUCAACGUUUACUUUGCUUGAUUUGGUUUAGAGAUGUUCAUACACCUGCACAAUUGUUUAUCAUGACUUUCAAUAGGUUUCUGUAGUCUCUACUUUUGUAACAAUUUGUGACAGUUUUUGGAUUUUGUUGUUCGAAACUAUAUGCUAAACUUUGCAUAUAGUCUUUAGUAGCCCAGUUUGAAAAUGAGGCGGUUGAGUUACAAAGACCUUUUGCAUUUUAUAGCUAAUGGCAGUGUAAUAAAUUUCAAAGGUGAGCUGGAA